UGGUUUCUGUACUGCCUAUGUCAUUCUAUGCAAAUAUUUGGCUUUAAAUUUGUCCUGGGAUGAAAGCUUUAUAAGUUGGCUGUGAUUAGGAAAUGUUAAAUGCUGCAAUGUCGUGUUACAUUUCCUUUUUACACGCACACAUCCGCCCAACAGUCUAAAAUCUACCUCUGUCCACCAUAUGCAAUGUGUUUUAAAUGCUGUGCUUUAGCCCAUAUAUUGAUUUCACAUGUGCGUGUGUGUAUUUAUUGCACCUAUCUGUUCUGUUUAAUGUUCAUUUCAUAUGAAAACACAUGGUUAUAAUUACAUAAAUACAUCUCUGUACAGGGUGGGGUUUUCAACAUGCAGCCUUUCUUGAUGUAUAUUUGUAAAGGGAAAUCUUGUACCUAUUUUGAAACAUUCUAUUUUUCUUAUUGUGAAAUCAUUAGAUGCCUCGUGCUUCGCGCGCUUCGGCUGCAGCCAAGGUGAAGUGGACGAGGAUUCUUCCCAUGGCGACGACUCUGGCCAGAGGCUUCGAGCCUGUGCGUGGCACUGGAGCACGUCACCGUGUCGAGCCGUGGCCUGUCUCUGCCCACACUGGGAAGUUCAACCGAUUGGAUCUCCCCCCUGAGUCUCCAGAUAAGCAGUUUGUGCUGUUUGUGGGCGACUCGCAUCUGCGUGCGUUGGUUGACCGUUACGUGAGGAUGCCAGACGGUUGCCUUUCGUUUGGGUUCCUGUCUACGCCUGGGGCGUCUGCCGCUGAGCUCCGCACCGAGUUGCUGAACGCAGACAUCCCCAGAACCCCCGACAUCGUUUGCUUGCUGGCUCCGAGCAACAACCUCAAGGCGACGCCUGGCAUCGAAGCGGCUGGAGUUGCCUUCGAAGGACUUCUGAGAGCUGCCCGCAGUCGAUGGCCUAAGGUGUUUGUGCUCGAUUUCCCUCCCCGGCUGGCGAGUGAAUUGGCACCGCAACAAUUCCUUCGAGAGGAGUUUCGUCGCGUUGCAGCAAAGAACGAUGUAAAGUACUGCGUCACAGCUGACCGCUUUCCGCUGGACUCGCGUGCCUUGUGGAGUCGUGAUGGGAUCCACCUGAGUGACGAUCUGGGGAUGCCGCUUCUCGCGAAGCUUCUGUGGCACUUCUCCUUUCUGCAGCUACAGUCACCUCUGCCUGCUACACCUCCGCCUGUGUCUCCUCCCAAGUCACCCCUGACUGUGAGACCCUUUGCUACCACCGUGGUUGUGAAGGGAGAGGUUUCCCGUCCACGUCCCCUUGACCCCUUCAAGGAAACUGUCGUCGGACGUCGCGGAAAGCGCAGCCAACCUGAGUCCUGGGAUGCGCCUGAGGACUGGGAUCAGUCUUCCGUGCGGAUCCUUUCUCAUGAGGUUUGUACAUUGGUAUGA